CUUUGGAGUAAUGUCUUGUGUCUACUUGUUUAUAUCAGACUUUAGUUUGUAAAUAUGGCGAACAGGACUGUGAAGGAUGCGAAGUCUGUGAGAGGUACAAAUCCGCAGUAUCUAGUAGAAAAAAUAAUAAGAGCUAGAAUAUAUGACUGCAAAUACUGGAAAGAAGAAUGCUUCGCGUUAAGUGCGGAGUUGCUCGUGGACAAAGCAAUGGAAUUGCGAUAUAUAGGUGGAGUAUAUGGUGGCAAUAUCAAGCCAACACCUUUUCUGUGUCUGGUACUGAAGAUGUUGCAGAUUCAGCCAGAGAAAGACAUUGUAGUAGAAUUUAUAAAGAACGAAGAAUUUAAAUACGUUCGUGCGCUAGGUGCAAUGUACAUGAGACUGGUAGGCUCAUCUUUGGAUUGCUACAAGUAUUUGGAACCACUGUUUAAUGACAGCAGAAAGUUACGAAGACAAAAUAGACAGGGGCAUUUUGAGUUGGUGUACAUGGAUGAAUUUAUUGAUGAGCUCUUACGUGAGGAAAGAGUUUGUGAUGUAAUUUUACCAAGAAUUCAGAAGAGACAUGUUUUGGAAGAAAAUAACGAGCUUGACGCCAAAGUUUCAGCAUUGGACGACGAUAUCGAUGAAGGUAUUGAAUCCUCAGGAGAUGAAGAGGAGAUAGUUAAACCUGUAGAACCACCGCCGCAGGUUGAGAGCCAUUAUCCGCGUGGGCGAGAAGAGAAAAUGAGGAGAUCGCCUAACCGCCGGAGAAGCUUGUCUCGCGAGAGAAAUCGCGACAGAGAACGGAGGCGAAGCAGAGAACGAGAAAGGAAUCGCAUGGAUAGAAAUGAUCGUGAAAAGAAAGUACGCCGUAGUAGAAGCAGGGAAAGACGCCACCGUUCGAAAUCACCAGUUGGAAGGCAGGGACACAGAGACAGAGGUGAAAGGGAAAGAGAGCAUCAGAGGACAAACAGGGGCAACGACAUGGAUAGAGAUAUCCGUAGACGCGACAGGGAUAUGGACAGAAACAGGCAGAGACAUUAAGAUGUGUUGUGUAUUAUUCACCGGAGAAAUGUUGUGUAUUUUGUCUUACUGAAAGUGAUACUGUGUGAUUUCUAUGUUUCACAGAAAAUUCAUCUAAAGCUGUUAACUUGUGGUAGUUAUCUUGUGUAUAUGUGGAAUGUGACGUUUUUUGUCAAGUGUAUAAAUUACUGCCGAUUUGGAUAGAGGCUUUACAAUAAAUGUUUUGAAGUCAACAAAAUAUUGUAGAAGUUUUUCCCAUUUCUGUCAAAACAUUGGUGGUUAUCUAUGGAAUGGGUGUUGUUUUGUUUUCAGAUGUGACAUGAAUAGUACCAAAUGUCUGCCUGAUAUUAUGUCUAGAGCUUUUAAUAAGUUAUAUUCGCACCUCUUUCCUGUCAAUUACAUUGUGAAGAAUGAUAAAACUUCCCUAGUUGAGGUUUCUAAUUCAUUAUGUAAUUGUUAUAACAUUUGAUCAGUUUGCAGAUUGUGUGUAAGUUACUGCAAGAUUGUUGCAUCUAUAUUUAUUCAA